AUGAACGUAACCUCUCCAAUUCAACAAGUUCGAAAUGAUGUCAAGAAAAUGUUAAAACAAUUUGACACCAACAAGAACAAGACCAUUUCAUUUACUGAAUUGGUAUCCCACUUGGAAAAGACUGACAGCAAGAAUGCCAUUGAUACUGCCAAUGUCAUGUUUAUGAUCCUUGACUCUGAUAAUGAUGGCAUGAUUGAUGUUUCUGAAUUGGCUACUCAAUCUGAAUCAUUUGAUGAUCCCCGUGUUCAAGAUCGUAUUAAAUCAGAGACUGCUCGUUUAUUAAAGUUUUUCGACAAGAAUCAAGACGGACAAGUAAACAGAGAAGAAGCCUUGCAAGCCUUUUCCAAGAGCAAGAACCCAGAAAUUCAAGUUGACCGUCUCUUUGCCACCUAUGACAGAGACCACAACAACAUCAUUACCAUUGAAGAAAUUAGACGUGGAAAGUUUUUGGAAACUUUUGGAGGAAAAUAA